AAAUCAAACUGCUGAAUCUAUAUAAACCGGUCCAUUUACAAACGAUCGUCAAACCUCACAAUAUCAACAAUGGAAGCCGACGCCGGUACUCCUUCCUCUUCCUUUCCCAUCAAAACCGUCGUCGUUUUGAUCCAAGAGAACCGAUCCUUCGACCACAUGCUCGGCUGGUUCAAAUCUCUCAACCCGGAAAUUGACGGCGUCGACGGAUCUGAAUCCAAUCCAUUAUCAACAUCCGACCCGGAUUCCGCCCGAAUCCCCUUCCGCGACAACUCCGACUACCUCGACCCGGACCCGGGCCACUCUUUCGAAGCCAUCUACGAGCAGGUAUUCGGGAAGCCAUGGAGCCCCGACCCGAACCCGGAAGUUACGAUGGAAGGGUUCGUCCAGAACGCAGAGAGUAUUCAGCAAGGCAUGGGAGAGAAGGUAGUGAUGAAUGGAUUUAGACCGGAGGCGUUGCCGGUGUUUAAGGAUUUGGUGACGGAGUUUGGUGUUUGCGACCGGUGGUUCUCGUCGUUGCCGUCGUUGACGCAGCCCAACAGGCUGUUUGUUCACUCUGCGACGUCGCAUGGAGCGAUUAGCAACGAUACGAAGAAGUUGAUUGAAGGAUUCCCGCAGAAGACUGUGUUUGAAUCCAUGGAAGAAAGUGGGUUCUCCUUCGGAAUUUACUAUCAGUCUUUCCCUAAUGUGCUUUUCUACAGGAGUAUGAGAAAGUUGAAAUACAUAGAUAAUUUUCAUCAUUACGAUCUAAGCUUCAAGAGACACUGUCGGGAAGGGAAGCUUCCCAAUUACACGGUGAUUGAGCCUAGAUAUUUUAACAUGUUGUCGGCUAAGGCUAAUGACGAUCAUCCUAAGAACAAUGUGAUGGAGGGCCAAAAAUUGGUGAAAGAAAUCUACGAGGCUCUAAGAUCAAGUCCCCAGUGGAAUGAAAUAUUGUUCCUUGUCAUCUACGAUGAGCAUGGUGGCUAUUAUGAUCACGUCCCAACUCCCGUUGACGGAGUGCCUAAUCCUGACGAUUUAAUUGGUCCUGAACCUUCUAACUUUAAGUUCGAUCGUCUUGGUGUUAGGGUUCCUGUCCUUUUAAUUUCUCCUUGGAUUGACCCUGGAACAGUGGUGCACGGGCCGCCAGGGCCAGAACAAAUGUCCCAGUUCGAGCACUCAUCAAUUCCAGCAACCUUAAAAAAGAUUUUUAAUCUGAAAGAGUUCUUGACAAAGCGGGAUGCAUGGGCAGGAACUUUUGAUAUUGUUAUCAAUAGAACUACCCCCAGAGAAGAUUGUCCAGAGAUAUUGUCAGAACCCAUAUUGACAAGAGAUUUCGAGGUAGAAGAAGAUGAAACAUUAACCGAUUUUCAAGAAGAGUUGAUUCAAGCAGCAGCAGCACUAACUGGAGAACAUGUAAAAGACAUUUAUCCAUUCAAGCUGGUGGAGAACAUGAAAGCUUCACACGGUGCAAAGUACGUUGAAGAUGCUUUCAACAAAUUCCUUCGUGAAAGUAAGAAGGCCAAGGAUGAUGGAGCUGAUGAGCAUGAGAUUGUUUCAUUGCUUACCCAACCUACAAGAACAACUUUUCCCAAAACUUUUCUCCAAAAAGUGUUUUCGUGUUUGGUGUGUGACAAUUAAUUAAAAAAUUAAUACUUAAUUCGUAUUAUUUGUUUUAGUUAUAAUCAACUGCUAUAUUGAAUUUUCAAGAGAUUGAAAAAUUUUGCAUGA